CAGCUACCUUAGCAGUUAUCCAGAAGCAAGUGAAAGUAGUUAAGCAAUGGCCAUGGAUUUGGAUAGUUAACUUACGUGAAUAGAAGAAACGCAACAUGGACGACAACAGCAUCAAAACGGUGCGUUUCGGCAUCCUAGGCUGCGCCAACAUCGCUCGGAAAGUGGCUCGAGCCAUCGCUCUCGCCCCGAACGCCACUCUCUGCGCCAUCGCCAGCCGUUCCAAGGAGAAGGCCGAGAAGUUCGCCGCCGAGAACGCCUUUCCGGCGAGCGUUAGGAUUUACGGGAGCUACGAUCAGGUGCUGGAGGACCCAGGCGUGGACGCCGUGUACGUCCCCCUCCCCACCGCUUUGCACGUGCGGUGGGCGGUUAUGGCCGCCGCUAGAAACAAACACGUGCUGCUGGAGAAGCCCGUCGCUCUUCACGUGGCCGACCUUGAUCGAAUCCUCGAAGCCUUCGAAUCCAACGGCGUCCAGUUCAUGGACGGUAGCAUGUGGUUGCAUCACCCUAGAACUGCUCGCAUUCAGAGCUUCUUAUCUUCUUCUAACACCAUUGGACCAAUUCGUUUUAUCCACAGCACAUCAACAAUGCCAGCACCACCUGAGUUCCUGGAGAAUGACAUUAGAGUAAAGCCAGAGUUGGAUGGUCUUGGUGCACUUGGUGACUUGGCCUGGUACUGCAUUGGUGCUUCCUUGUGGGCAAAGGGCUACCAACUACCAACCUCUGUCACUGCUCUUCCUGAUGUCACAAGGAACAACGCUGGAGUCAUCUUGUCCAUCACAGCCUCUUUGCUGUGGGACCAACCACACCAAACACUUGCAACCAUUCACUGCUCGUUUCUUUCUCACACCUCCAUGGACCUGGCCAUAUGUGGUUCCAAUGGCUCUCUGCAUCUCAGGGACUUCAUAAUCCCCUACCACGAGACUAGUGCUUCGUUUGACCUCACAGUUGGUGCCAAGUUUGUUGACCUUCACAUUGGGUGGAACGUGAGACCAGAGGAAGUUCAUGUGGCCACUGAGCUCCCACAAGAAGCUCUAAUGGUGCAAGAGUUUUCUAGGCUUGCUGCAAGCAUUAGAGAUUGUGGGUCGCGACCCUCUACCAAGUGGCCUGAAAUCAGUAGAAAAACUCAACUGGUAGUUGAUGCAGUGAAGAAGUCCCUAGAGCUUGGCUGCAAACCUGUUUGCUUGUAGAUGGUUACAAAGCAUGUUGCCAUUAAUCAAACAAGUCCUUCAUCAAACACCCUUAAGCUAGCAAAGUGUUUGUAAAUUGGAAUAGAUAAGUCGCAUAAUGGUAGAGAAGCCAUUUUUAAGAAUUGAUACCCCUAAUUAGUUUCAAGCAGAGUGAUUGUAACAAGAGACAGAGAUCAAUUUCAACUUUAUCAGAAUCCAUAUUUCAGGAAGUACUAUUGAGGAUGAGAUUUGCCAUAGGAAUCAAUAAUUGCAAGUCAAUUUCCGUUAA